AUGGGGUGCGAAAGAUGCGAGCGGAGGGAUGAACUCGACUACUGCAAUCUGGAUGACCGGGAAAAAUACUUCCUGAUGUUUAUUGUCGAUGACUGUGGUCAGGAGAUGAUCGUCCCAGAUGAAUUUCUGAGACGUUUCAGGGGUGAGAUCCCAAGGGAGAUCAAGCUAGAAACACGAAAUGGUCACAGUUACACCAUUGGAGUUGCCAAGUAUCCAGAUAAACUAGUUCUUCAAGCGGGAUGGGGGCUAUUCGUCAAAACCUAUGAUCUACGUAUGGACGACUGUGUGGUAUUCAGAUACAAAGGAAACUCUCAGUUUGGUGUCAUAGUUUUUGAUCGAUUUGGCCGCGAGAAAGCAUUUUCUGUUAUUACAGACAAUGCUCCUCCUGUACAGGAAAGUCACAACAGGGGCACUGAAAAUGUGGACCGUUCUCAUGGUCAUUCUCAGCCCAUGGAAGUGCAAUCGCCUAUUGCAACUGCCAACCAUUCUGACGGGCGUCCUCAGCCCAUGCGAAUGCAACCACCUACUGAAAAUGCAAACCCUUCUCAUGCGCAUCCUCAGCCCAUGCGAAUGCAACCACCUACUGAAAAUUUGGAUGACCCUGUUGGUUUUAGUCGGCCCAUGGAAAUGCAGCCGCCUACUGAAAAUGUGGACCAUUUGUUUGGCCAUAGUCAGCCUAUGCAAAUGCAACCAUCUACUGAGGCUGUGGAUCAUUUUGCGCAAAUGCAACCAUCUACCGAGGCUGUGGAUCAUUCUAAUGGUCAUGCUCAGACCAUGCGAAUGCAACCAUCUAGCGAGGUCGUGGAUCAUUCUAAUGAUCAUGCUCAGACCAUGCAAAUGCAACUGUUUUGUAGACCUACCAAGCUGAGACAAACAAAGCUUCAAUGGGAUUACUCGAGCAAGGGCAACAAGACAGCAACGAGUCCUUCAGAUACUCCCAGAGAUUCUUUGUCCUCAGAACAUGAUAUUGAAGGUUGUGCUUCACCUAGAUACACGCUCACAUAUAACAGCAGUCUAAAUACAGUGCAGAAGGAGGAAAUUGAAGAGAAGGUCAAAUCUAUUCAUAAGGACAAUCCAAUCUUUGUGGCUGUGAUGAGGAGGUUCAAUGUUACAGGAACCUGCACUUUAACUUUCUCCAAGAAAUAUGUUCAGACGCAUGUGGGUGAUAAGGAGCGAAGGGUAUGUCUUCAGCGAUUUGGGAAGAGGUGGGAUGUGCAAUUUAGCAGUAGCCGUGAAGUCAAAAGGAUUGUUAGUGGCUGGCGGAAGUUUGUGAAAGACAAUGAUGUAGAGACCGGUGAUAUCUGCAUCUUUGAAUUGUUGAAGAUUGAUGAGAUGUGCACAAUGGAAGUCCAUAUCAUCCAUGCGAAGGAUUUUGAUAGACCCUCCCAAAUUGGUGGGUGGAGUGUCGAAGGACGGUGUAAAGAAGCUACUACUAAAACUGUGGAACCUUCUCAUUCUCGUCCUCAGCUCGUGCAAAUGCAAUUAUGUAAUGCAAGUGUAGAGGAUUCUUAUUCUCUUCCUCAGCCCAUGGAAAUGCAAUCACCCUCAACGGAAAGAAAGAUACGAGUUGAAACGGUUAACUCGAGUCCGGGCAACGAGGGAGAUUCUUCGAUGUCAGAGGAUGGUGUCACUUUGACUGGUUGCAUCGGUGUGCAUUUGAGGCGCAUACCUUUAGUUCAGAAGAAGGUAGUGAAGCAGAAGGUCGACCUUAUUGGUUCUGAAAUUCCCAUCUAUGUGCUCGUGAUGCAGAAGACCAAUGUUACAGGAAGAUUCACUCUGAGCAUCUCCAAGAAAUAUGUUCGCAGACAUCUGGGGGACGAGGUGCGAAGCAUCUGGCUGGAGCGAGAUGGGGAGAGGUGUCAAGUGACGCUGGGACGCAAGCCUCAGAACAACAGGGUUGUGGGUGGAUGGAUAAAAUUUGCCAAGGAGAACGGGCUGCGGGUGGGCGAUGUCUGCCUCCUCGAGCGGCUGAGGCACUGCAAGGAGUGCACGAUGAAGGUCCGCAUCAUCCGCCGCGUAAAGCGUGCCGGUUGA